AUGCCGUCGCUCGGUCACUUAGCCGGCGCGUCCUACGCGGGCGCCGUAGAUGAGCGUCGAGCGUGCGCCAGAGGCGCGUGGAUCCUGUGCGCGUGGCCGUUUCUCGGGGACGCGAUGUGCGUCCGUGGAGACUGCGCGUACAAGCCGCGAUUUUUAGUCUUUCGAUGCGCUCGAGCGCGAUACAGAGAGCGCACGGACGAGGCGAGCGAGGAUGAGCGCUCGAGGGUGUCUCCGGAGUACGUUGAGCGAGUAAUGGGACGAUGCGAGGACGUUUUCGCGGUCACGGUGAGCGCGUCGGACGGGACGGUUACGGCGGAGGUGGCGGCGGGAUCACGCGCGCGGGCGCGGGUGUUGUUGUACGCGUCGACGCUCGUGGACGGACACGGGAAUUCGUUGGGAUUGGUUUUCUUGGAGGCGCGGGAGGGAUUACGCGAGGCGCCGCCGGCGUGCGAUUGUUGUUUUUCUAGCUAA